AUGGCAAGAAUCAAGAAGAAGCUCAAAUAUCCCGCACGAGACCAUCUCAGGCGAGUCGCCGCUGCUCUUUCAAGACCGCUCAAGUCAAACUAUAUUCUACUCCACGGCGCAGACUCUAUACAGCGCGGCUUCUCUGACCAGACAUACCCAUUUGACCAAGAGUCCAAUUUCUACUACCUGACAGGCGCACAGUCGCCUGGAUGGACGCUCCUGUAUGACAUCAAGGAAGACAAUGCAGUCAUAUACAUACCGCCACAGCGAGAACCCAGGCAAGUUGCGUAUAUGGGUCAAACGGAGAGCACCGAGCAAGUCAUGGCAUCGUAUGAGGUAGAUGCUGCUUAUUAUCAUGACAAGCUCGGCUCUGCAUUCAUCCAAUUUGGUGCUAAAUUCUACACCUUCACAGAUGCCGCACUGAUGGAAGCACUAGCAGCUUGUCGCGUCAUCAAGGACAAAUACGAGCUAGUAGCGCUUUGUACAGCCAACAAUAUCACCUGUGACGCGCACCGCAGCAUAGCACGCCAACUCAAGCACUACACCUCCGAGCGUCAAGCAGAAGCUGAUUUUCUCCGUGCGUGCCGACUCGCAGGCGCACCUACUCAAGCCUACAACCCAAUCAUCGCCUCAGGUGCCCAUGCAUCCGUCCUGCACUAUGGCGCCAAUGACGCAUCCUUUUUUGAUGCAGAGUUGGUGCUUGUGGAUGCAGCAGCAGAGUAUAACCGGUAUGCGGCAGAUGUCACUCGGACGUACCCGCUAUCGGGCAAAUUCUCACACAAGGCAAGGCAAAUCUAUGAGAACGUGUAUGAGCUGCAGAUGCUUGGUAUUUCCAUGAUCAGACCAGGUCAAGCAAUGCAAGAGAUACAUAUGGCGGUUAUGAAGCGGUUGGGUGAGAUGCUUGUUGCUCUUGGAUUUCUCAAAUGCGAUGCAGAGACUUGCUACAAGUUACAGCUAGGUGUCGCAUUCAUGAUGCACGGUCUUGGACAUCAAAUUGGCUUGGAUGUACAUGAUGUAUCGCCUUCAAAAGGCAGCGUGCCGCAAAAAACAGAAUCUUUCACCCUACAAGCAGGCCAAGUCAUCACAAUUGAGCCAGGCAUAUACUUCAAUGAGUCAUUUCUCCAGACUUACUACGAAGGCGAGCACGGCCAUCAUUUCGAUCAAGAACACAUCGCGUCGUAUGCGUCUGUAGGUGGCGUCCGCAUUGAAGAUUGCCUGCUCGUCACCGAGACCGGGUUUGAGAACCUGACAAAUCUACCAAAACACAUCGAUGCUAUUGAGUGUCUCGUGCAAGAAGCUUGA